AUGCCAGAAGACAAAACAAAGUUAUCGGUUCCGUCUGCAAAUAAAACGCGAUCGCUAUCCGCUUCUCCUCGCGCGCGCACCUCAAGCGCAGUAGUUCCGACAUCAAUAACCAAGGCAAAGAGCGAAACUUCAUUAGACACCCAAGAGGGCGAAAAGAAGUUGUCUGUUCCUACGAGCAAUCCGAAACGAUUGUCGCUCACGCCUAAGGUUAGGUCACAGAUCCAGACCAAGUCCGUAAAGUCGCUGGCAACUCGUUCUCAGGCAAAAAUGAGCAACGACAUUGCAAUUGCAGCCCUCGCGCGGUUCAUAACGGUGUCCGACCGCAUGAGCAAUUUCAGAGCGACCAUAGAAACUCCAGGGCCGUCAGCUCCGUCCGUCCACACCUGCAAAGUCCGUAAGGAACAAGUCCGCUCACUCUGGGAAAAGGCCGAAAAAGAAUUCGAAGCGUGUUUAGACACGAUUUCCAGCAUUACGACUGAAGGAGCGGAGGAGAUUCUGGCGACUCUGCAUCGAAAGUAUGAAUAUUGCUAUUCGGUGUACGAGGAGCUAUCAGUUCAUCUCAGCGAGCUGAUGGACCAAGCCACUCCGCAGCAGUCGACAGCGAGCACCACUAAUCAGUCCGCUUACAUUUCGUCUGGGUGCCGGUUACCACCAUGCGAUACAGAAGUAUUCGAAGGAGAUUACCUAAAAUGGCCAACAUUUAGGGACCUGUUUACAGCAGUCUAUGUCAACAAUCCUAGGUUGACACCGGUCGAAAAGCUUUUCCAUCUCAAUGCUAAAACUAGCGGCGAGGCUAAGGCAAUCGUAGCCAAGUCCCCUCUCACAAAUGAGGGUUUCGACUCAGCAUGGGCAGCGCUUCGAGACCGUUUCGAAAAUAAAAGACUGCUAGUAAACAGCCAACUCAAACUCCUGUUUAACUUGGCGUCCGUCAGUUCCGAAUCAGGCCAGGCUCUGAAAGAUCUUCAGAGCACAAUCCAAGGGUGUUUGGUCGCUCUGGCUCAUUCCAAAAUUUCCACAGAGAAUUGGGACUGUCUCCUGGUAUUCCUGUGCGCCAGUAGAUUACCGAAACUGACCCUCUCCUUAUGGGAGCAGUCCCUUUCAUCGAAGUCCGACAUUCCGACUUGGGAUGAGAUGAACACGUUUCUUGGUGACCGAUACCGAACGCUAGAGGCGAUUGAGGACAUGAAACCAAGUCACAGCAAUCACUCUACCACUAAGAGUCAACCCGUCUCCAGGAGGCUCAACUCCUUCGAAGCUAAAGUGGUUUCCAAACCGAAGAAUUGCGAUCUGUGCUCAAAGGAGAAUCAUCCAGUCCGCUUAUGCCAGCGUUUUCUCCAGAUGUCUGUCGAUGCGCGGACCAACUACAUCAAGAAGAAACAGCUGUGCCUAAAUUGUUUCGCGAGAGGCCAUCAGCUACGUGAAUGUACGAGCACUCACAGCUGUUUCACAUGUCGAGCUCGGCAUCAUACGUUGCUCCAUAAAGGCAACCCCAAUUCCAGUGGGUCAACUACGGGAAAUAUUUCUUCUGCAAGCCCACAAAAUCCAACUGUACAGAGGGCCGCCAACGCUUCAGAAAAUCUGCCCGGUGUGCAGAAUUAUUUCGCAACCGGUGCCAGAGCGGUUUUACUAGGUACGGCCAUCAUUGACAUUUGCCACUUGGGCACGAACUACAGGGCUCGCGCUCUAAUAGACUCGGGUUCUGAGGCUACGUUUAUUACGGAACGCCUGUUCAAUUUAAUUAAGCUGCCAUUCCGCCUCAUCCAAGCCCAAGUUUCGGGCUUAAAUAAGACCAUUUCCGCUCAGGCGACCAGGCUCUGCCAUUUUUCGAUUCGAGCUCCUAAUAAGCCAGGCCUUCAGCUAGAAACCGCAGCUUACGUUCUGCCUGAAUUGGCCGGAACGCUACCGUCCUAUCCAAUCCCACGAGAUGCGCUGAGUGAUUUACCUGCUAUCCCCCUGGCAGAUCCUACAUUUCUUGAGAGCUCCCAGAUAGAUGUUCUGAUCGGAGCCGACAUGUUACCAUCCGUUCUGCUGAGCGGCAUGCGCACAAACAUUUGUGGCUCUCUCCUAGGUCAAGAAACUAUUUUUGGCUGGGUGCUUACCGGCCCAGUUUCAAGUACAUCUAGUCAGAAUCGAGUAUCCGCUUUCACGACCCAGAUAACCGAAACGAGUGACAGAGUCUUAGAAAAACUUCUCACUAAGUUUUGGGAGGUGGAGAAUAUACCCACUAAAAGGGUAAAGGACUCCGAUUCCUAUUGCGAAAACAAUUUUCUCCAAACGACCACUAGAGACGCAAGCGGGAGAUACGUAGUAUCUUUACCAUUUCGCGAGCCUGAAAAUCUCGGGUCCCAAUUGGGGCACUCGCGAUCCAGUGCCCUAGCUCAGUUUCUUAGAAACGAAAACCGUUUGAAGAGAGACUUUCCAUUAAAAGAGCAGUAUGACUCAGUCAUUCAAGAGUAUUUGGAUCUGGGUCACAUGAGAGAAAUUCCCCCGUCGUACGAUUCUCCAAACUAUUACCUGCCACACCACGCGGUGAUCAAACCCGAGAGCACUACCACCAAACUUCGCGUGGUAUUCAAUGCUUCUAGCCCUUCAUCCAAUGGGACAAGCUUGAACGACAUUCUUCAUGCUGGUCCAGUCCUACAAUCUGAUUUAACCAUUCAGAUAUUGAAGUGGCGUUAUUUCCAGUACGUGUUCAGCGCAGAUAUCACCAAGAUGUACCGUCAAAUCUGGGUCGAUCCCAAACAUACGCCGUUCCAGAGAAUCUUAUUCCGGAAUAAAGAAGGAGAAGUAAGCGAUUUCGAGUUAAAAACAGUCACCUUUGGUGUUAACUGUGCACCAUUUCUGGCACUCCGCGUACUCCAACAAUUGGCAGACGACGUAGAAAAGGACUUCCCUACAGCAAGCAAUAUUAUUCGUCACUUUAUGUACGUAGACGACGUUCUGGCAGGGACCACUUCCAUACAAGAGGCUCGACUGGCAAUCAGCGAACUUCGCCACGCUUUCAGCAGCGCCAGGUUCCCAUUGAGAAAGUGGACGGCCAACCAGAAGAGCAUACUCGAAGACAUCCCAAACGAGCAUCUACUCCACGAGGACUUUCGCGAUCUUCAUUCCGAAAGCUUUGCCAAAACACUGGGCGUUCGGUGGAAUGCGACCUCGGACGAGUUCUGUUUUGUUCCACCGCCAGUGUCGAUUAAAUCCACUCAUACGAAGAGAGAGGUUCUUUCCCAAAUUGCGAAGCUUUUUGACCCAGCCGGAUGGCUGUCUCCGUUUAUUGUCCGCUCAAAAAUCUUUAUGCAAGAAAUUUGGUUGCAGGAGUUGGGCUGGGAUGAAAACAUCCCCACAGAAAUGGAUCAAAGAUGGCAAGAUUUUUUGCGCAGCUAUUCCGAGCUUGAGCAGAUCCGCAUUCCAAGGUGGGUUGGUUUCCAGCCAGGAGUGAAGGUAGAGCAUCACGGGUUUUGUGAUGCGUCUCAGAAGGCUUAUGGGGCCGCUAUAUACUUGCGGGUGGAAGUAGGCCACAACAUUAUGACACGUCUGCUUACCGCCAAAACCCGAGUCGCCCCUGUUAAAACGGUGUCCCUUCCACGGCUCGAGCUGUGUGGGGCAUUGCUGUUGUCAGAGAUGAUUGCAGCUAUCCUUCCGAAUAUGCCAAUUUCCAAUUCCGACAUUUUCUGCUGGACCGAUUCCACCAUCGUCCUCGCAUGGUUGAGCAAGCCGGCAUGCCACUGGACCACGUUUGUCGCCAACCGGGUGACAAAAAUUACUCAGGUGACGAGCGCUGAGCAUUGGGCGCAUGUGCGAUCUGAGCACAAUUCCGCGGACCUGGCCAGUCGAGGCGUUUCGCUGCGGGAGCUGGUUCAUAGCCAACUCUGGUGGGAAGGACCGGACUGGUUGCAACAGCCAAAGGACAUGUGGCCAACACGGGAGCUAGGACCUCCAGUCACAGACAUAGAGCAGCGUGCUGUGAAGGUCAAUUUCGCCAAGGCCCCAUCCGAAGAUUUUUUGGAACGUUUCUCCGCGUUGGACAAGGCUCUGCGGGUCCUUGCGUACGUAAUACGGUUCACUCAACGCUGCCGCAAGAUGCCGAGGGACGCUGCUGAGCGACCCACCAAGGAAGAAAUCCAAGAAGCUGAAAGAGUCCUUAUUCGAAAUGCUCAGCGGGGAGAAUAUACCCAAGAGCUCAAAGUCCUAAACGAUAAGCGUCCGAUUCCGGUUUCCAGCCCGAUAGCCAACCUGUUUCCAUUUCUAGACCAACAAGGCCUGUUAAGGGCAUGUGGGCGCAUUACGGCCUCAACGGCCCUCCAGUACGACGAGCGGCAUCCUAUUAUACUGCCAUACAACUGUCGGAAGAGAGUCCAGACGCAAUUGAUGGGCGAUCUCCCGACCGAUCGAGUUUCCUUUUCCAGGCCAUUCACAUAUACGGGCAUGGAUUAUGCAGGCCCGUUUGAAAUUAAAAACUAUACUGGCAGAGCAUGCCUUAUUACCAAGGGAUAUGUUUGCGUGUUUGUGUGUUUUUCCACGAAGGCUAUCCAUUUAGAGCCUACGUCCGACCUGACAACGGAGAAGUUCCUCGCAGCAUUUGCCCGAUUCGUCGCAAGAAGAGGUUGUCCUCAGCGAGUCCAUUCGGAUAAUGGCAAAACCUUUGUGGGGGCAGCGACUCUACUUUCUAGAGAUUUCAUGCAGACGAUCAAGGAGUCUGUAGCUGGAACCUAUAGCCAUCAGGGACUUGUGUGGCGGUUCAUUCCACCAGGGGCUCCACAUAUGGGGGGAUUGUGGGAGGCUGGAGUAAAGAGCUUCAAGGCACUCUUUUACAAGUCGACGUCAAGUCGGAAGUACACGUUUGAAGAGUUCGCCACGCUUCUCGCCAAAGUUGAAGCCUGCCUUAAUUCCAGGCCGCUGUCUCCCAUGUCCGAAAAUCCAUCUGAGUUAUUGGCAUUGACGCCAGGCCACUUUCUGAUUGGGGGACCUUUGCUUUCAACAGCUGAGCCUGAAAUUAAGGGCGAUGCUCAGUCGAUUAUAAAUCGCUGGCAGCACUUAAAGGCCCUGCAUCAGCAGUUCAGUGCGCGAUGGAAGGAGGAGUACUUAAAGGAACUUCACAAGCGCAAUAAGUGGCAGACUCCUUCCAGAGAUAUCCAAGUCGAUGACAUGGUGGUUGUCAAAGAAGACAACAUGCCAUCAAACGAAUGGCGGCUCGGCAGAGUUGUAUCUGUUCUUCCAGGAGCCGAUAGUAGAGUUCGCGUAGUUGAGAUCCGUACUGCUCGAGGGACUAUAACACGUCCCAUCCACAAACUAGUACUUCUUCCUAUGGAGGACAAGGCAACCUCCGCCUUUCCAAAAUAA